AUGGGCCAAGUUCUCUCCUUUUUCAUCGGUAAUACUGCAUCCGACAAUUUUCAUGACGCCUGCAUCGAGCGGUACCGAAAAGAACGGAAGAAAACCCGGCAAUCCGCAGUACAAGACAAGCUUGAAAAUACAGUAAUUUCCGGAUUUCAUCAUGGAAUUUGGUGUCAAAGUUUUACUGAAAAAUUUCGGAUGAAGCGUAACAAUGAAGUUGAAAGUCGUCAUCAUGAUCCAAUUGUAGAAAUGAAGUCUCAACUUUCCCUUCAAACACAGUCAGUCUCGGAUUUAUUGUUGGAUCAUGGUUCUUCCGACUUUAUCGAAAAGUUUGAUACGGAUUCGGGAUAUGGGACAAAUGUGGACCACAAGCCGUUCAAUAAAACGUUGAAAACUAAUUCCUCUAAUGAAGUCGCAUCACUCCCUCUUAUUACACCACCUCGUAAAAAUUCGGAUCCUGCAGCAGCACCAACCAGUGUUUGGACAAUGAUCCAAUCUGGAACUUAUUUGGCAAGCGUGACAGCAAAAAAGUCAGCCAUGACUAUCAAAAAGACCUCUCAGACUGGCGAGGUCCAACAAGACGCUGCUGAAAUGAAGACCGGAGAUUCAUUAUGUGACGAUAAUAAUUGUGAUGACAAAACCGAAAAAUUUGAGAAUAAGCACGUCGAUUUUUUAGAGCCAUUGGAAAUACCCGAUAAGCCAGACGAGACUAAUUAAUAAUUUACAGUCCGAACUGUAAAAAUAGCCAAUUUACUACCACC